CUCAUAUAGGAGGCUCCCAGCAGAGAAGCGGCCAGUGAACGGCGGAGCGCGCACCGGACCAUCUCGUUAACUUCCUAUGUCCCUCCCCUCAUUCUCGGGCAGCUUCAGCUUCGGCAGCAGCCACACAUCCAACUACCGGCUAAAGAGAGGCUCCUCCACCUCCAGCGCUCCAGACAGACUUAGACUGGUCGUCAUCGUCUGUUUUUACUCCGGAGACUGCGGAUUUUAUCCCUGGUUUAUUUUCCAGUGGAUAGGCUACUGAGAGUGCGCACCGCCUCCCCGAGACAAACUAAAGUGUACGGACAUUAAGUCUGCUGUUAUAUUUGUUUUAUAGCUGGGGACUAAAAUCCUCUAGCCUUGUGUCGGUCCAGCCGUCUUCUCUGCCCCCCCUCCGGUUUAACUGCACCGGUCAGACUUGGAAAGAGCAACAGCCUCCACCGGCGCAUCAGUGAGGUAGAAAAGCCCUACAUCGAGCUGCAGCCAUGGAUGAGUGGGACGUACCCCAGAUGAAGAAAGAGGUGGAGAGCCUCAAGUACCAGCUGGCCUUCAAACGAGAGAAGUCCUCCAAAACUGUGACUGAUUUGGUAAAGUGGAUAGAGGACGGCGUCCCCGAGGAUCCCUUCCUGAACCCGGAGCUGAUGAAGAACAACCCGUGGGUGGAGAAAGGAAAGUGCAUCCUUCUCUAGAAGAAAAACAAACAAAACAACCACCCUGCCACAACCUUUCAACUUUAACCACGCCAACCAACACACAUCUACAGAUGACCCCUGAACCCGACCCUCCUGUCCCGGCCUGUGAAAGCCAUGGCAGGACAGCGCCUCCUAACGUCUCACCGUGAAUGUACAACAGCUGAUGUCCCCCAACUUCCCUGAACACACACUCCAACAAGGGCACAAAAACACACACUGUCAGAGACACACACUCCAAACUUUAUAAAUUUUUUUCCCUGACCGCCAUGCAUCCACUGCAAGUUUAUUCCUGCCACAGCAAUGCAUCAUUACUAUGAUAUAUGAUGACGAUGAUCAAUACUCCUAUUACAUGUCUCUGUAUGAUAGAUGACGAGUUAUUUAUGCAGCUGCCAGUCACACGCUUCCUCUCCUCUUACAAUCUCUACUCUUCAUUGUGAGCAUAGCAGCUUUUCUUCCUUCCAUUUUUGAUGAGUUGUAAAAUUCUCACUGCCAGACUGACUGCAGAUCUGCUGAGGGAAUUUUGUUCCAUGUUGAGAUAGAACUACUUGCUCUUACAAAAUGAUAAUAAAACCUAGGCACUUUUUCAAUUGAAAGUUAAUAGAUAGCACACUGUAGUUGACAAAAUAACUAACACCUCGUUACAACUAAACUAUUUGUAAGAACCUAUGAAGAUUCAUAAUUGAAUGAAGAUGAUUUAUAGUAAAUACAGUAUACUUAUAAUCCAAGGAAUUGCUUAUGUUGUCUUACAGACAAUGGUUUUAAUGUUUCACAAUUCCCCAAAGUUAGAAAUCUGCCUUAAAAGACACGUUGGACCUUUGUGUAAAGGACAUUAAGACUCAUGACUGCAGCGUAUAUAUGAUGCGUAAAGUAAGAUUAAAUCCAGAUGUGAUUUAACACACUUAUAUUUACACAAAUCGGAUUGCUUGGUUUUCCUGGGCUACAUGUAUGUUGGCUUUACUCCAGAUUAUAGGCUGGUGGUAAUGCACCUCAGGCUGUUCAAUAAUGCCAAAAACGCCGUAGUUGUUGGUGGCCCGAUCCGUACCGAAAACCCGAUCUGCCUUUUGGUCAGGGGUACAGGACCUGAACAGAUUAUGGUUUCGGUAUGGAUCGGGUAGUGACAGUAGUAGUUUAGUUACGAAAAUAACAGUUCAGCUAGCUAGCUAACAACUAUCCAUAAGCUAAUGGUUUGAGCAUUUGAAUUUCAGCCCAUCUCAAACGCUUCUUGGAUACAUUUACAAUCAGCUUUUUGGAUAUCUGACAGUAGGAAAAUCUAAAAAAAUCACAAUAUUGGUGCUUUCACUAAAUAUUUACGCAAUGAGAUUUGUGAUAAUCAUCAGUAAUGUGGAUGACUAAUGAGUGGGUAAAGGAAAAUAAUAGAACUGCGAGUUCAGAAAAUUCCUUUACUGUAAUGCAGCCUGUAAAUCCAGGAAAAGACAACACUUAUGUCAUAUAACGAUAUUAUGAUAUCCAACAUCUAAGACGAUAUAUUGCCCAGCCCUAUGUGACAGCUAUCCAAUCCACCCAAGACGCAUGAGUGUAAAUGGUGUCUUUGUCUGCAUUCAAGGCAUUUCCCAUCCAACAUGGGGGCAGUUGUAACACAUCUAUGCCUAUACUGUAAGCCAUUGUAACAUUAUGAAUUUCAUUAUUACCAAUUUGAAAUCUUUAUAGGUUCUUAUGGCGCAUUUACAAAUUAUAAACAUGUUUAUUAUUGACUAAUUACUUAAAGGUAAAAUGAGUAGGAUUUUUUCGGUUUUGGUUUGUAAACACAACAUUCAAAGUUGGCCCCCUCCUCCCCGCGGCUCAUCGAGCGUUAUGGUGCUCGCCAGCGGGUGAAAACCAACCCAAGAUUCACUCUCGUUUUGGAACCAGCUUUGUCCGCUUGGCAUUUGGCCUUGCUAUAUUUUCGACGCUGUGACAGCCAUUUUCGUAGCUUCCUCUUGGAUGCGUGCUUACGAUCUGGCACCUGGUCGCUACUUUUUUAUAGAGGUUGACGCCCAGAAACGUCCCGAACACAGCAAAAUGUAAAGAGAAGACAAAAUACAGGCAGAGAGAAGGGUCUUUGCAGAUACGGACACCACUACACACUUCUAGUGGGUCAUAAGUGAUGAUUGACAGGAAUCAUUUUUGUCUUUACAUCGUUUUUUUAGGAAAAUCCUACUCAUUGUGCCUUCAACUUUAAUACAUAAACCACAAAUUGAAUUAACAAAUGAUUCCACUGUUACAGAUCAGAUUCUUUAAAGAAAAAAAAAGAAAAAAAAUGGUUUUGUGGAAACCAUCGUAUUAGUUGCUUGACACAAACUAGUGUCGUCUGACCGUGUCGGAAGACAAAAGUGUGUGUAGCUGCCAGGGUUUGAGAAUUAAGAGUUAAGAGAGGAUCAUUAUCACAUUGAAAUUGUGUUUUCAGCUUUCACUUCUAUCUUCCCAGUGUGACUACAGUUUUCCUACAUGUGUAGUUUUGAUUUCACACAACUUUUUUAAAGCAUGGUUAUCGCAUUUACAUUAUAAAAAGACGAGAUCUGCAACCAGUUCUCUUUGCUUCAGUGUCAUUAGAUCCCAAAGUUUCAUAGCAGCUCUGUUUGUGUUGUCAAAGCAGAAUGAAGCUAUGGGUCUCUGGGGGGGGCGGGGGUUGAGUUUACUGCUUCUUUUCCUCCUUAGCUACAGACUCUAAGGACAACGCACAAACAAUCCACAUCAAACAGACCAUGCACACACAUGCUAUCUCUCUCCACACAUGUACAGACAAACCCCUUUAACUUAUUAACUUAUUAAUUAAUACUUGGUUUAUUUAUUUAUUUAUUUAUUGACGAGACCUUUUUUCUCACCUUAGUUUUCGUGUCCUACGUCUGCACUCCCUCUUCCUCAUACCCCUCCCCCCCCAAAAAAACUAAAAAUGACCACACACAAACACAAAAAAAAAAAAAGACUAAACCUUGCCAGAUCACCAUCUACUACUGCCUUGUACACAGUUUCCUUAAAACGAGAAUGUAAAUAUGUGGCAUGAUAACCACUGACCUCAGAACUGGCCUGUGUGUGCGUGCACGUGACUGUAAUUGUGAGUUUACGUGUGCGUAUUUAUUUUCUUACAUUUUUUUUUUUAAAGUGCAUACAUUUGAACAUUAAGCUCCCUUGCGGAUUGAGAAGAACACACACAUACUGUACAUGCGCGCGCGCGCGCACACCGCACACACACACACACACACACACACACACACACACACACGCACACACGCAGCUGUGUCACACACACAGGCAAGCCUGAGGCCGAGCAGAUGAGCAGAACACAUACACACACAUUGAGAAUGUGUAUGAGGGGAGGAGUAGCAAGGAUGUGGGAUUCUUUAAAUGACUUGGGACAGGGGAGCCUCACAUCAUCUCAGUACUGUAAUGAGUCUCAUUAUAUACAUUUUCUUCAAGAUGACCCGGUUCCCAAAAGGCUACACAGUGCUUGGAUCACUUUGGUCAUAUAAUGUAAAACUGCAAAUAUUUAAUUUCCCUAUUAAAAAACAAAACAAAAACUCAAUUUCAACAAUGACAUGGUCCAUGACGUGCUAAUAAAUUGUAAAAUUUUUUUAUCAAACAUGCUUGCAUCUAUCUUAGACCCGCGCUUCAUAUGUUCUGUAAAACAUGUCCGACAAGCAAAGAUUCCAUCCAAUCAUACUGACGCGUUUCAGAUUUAUUAAAAAUACUUUUUGGGAACAAAAGAAAAACUGCAAUGUGCAAUUGUGUCACUGUAGCUGAAGUGAGACCGGUGAAUUUAGGAUAUCCAGUACAACAAUAAGCUUAUUAUGCAACAUGACGACUCCAAAUGGAGCCAUUUUAUAAACUCUUUGGUUCACUGGCAUGUAAAGUAUACACCUCCCUUAUUUUAUUUAUUUUUUUAUUUAAUUUAAUUUUAUUUGAAUAGUUUAGGUGUUGGAAAGUACAAUGUGUGUUAACUAGUUGACAGAAUGAUACUAAAAUCUAGCCUUGCAAUGUCAUAAUAAAUGCAUGAAAGGGGACUUUUAAAACGGCUUCCACGGUACAAAGAACUAAAGUUCUGAGCUUCAGGUUUGUAGCUUCUCCAGUGUUAAGUUAAUUCCCUCUUCCAACAUGGGUUUACAACUCAAAAGGUUUAAAACUUUUUGUUCUCUUACAACACCACUGGAAAUGCAACAAAUGCAGCUCCAAAAGUACACGAGAGGAUUCCUGAGUCUGCCUGUCCCUUGUCUGUUUUCUGUUCAGCAACUGUAACUUUAUUUGGUUGUUUUUAUAUAAUCUGAACAUGCAUACGUAUGUAAGUUAUUACUAUUAUAAUGGCAGCAUAAAAUCUUGUCUAAAUAUCUAGCAACAUAUUCCUUGUGAGAGUGCUUUGGAAAAAAAAAUAUUAUGCAUCAGAUCAAGUCCUAGUGUAAAGAUGACAAUGAGCAAUAAAUUAAAGAUCAUUUUUUAUUGAAUGUUUUACAAAAACAUUUAUGUUAUUGAAUAAAGUAGAAGAUUUUUAGACAA